AUGACGUCCGGAGGCUCCUCGUCGUCCUCACCCAACCUGGCACAGCUUGCCUCUUCGUCCAGGUUGACCAGCAACGGCCACACCGGCAGCAGCUCCACGCCAGAUCGCAGAUCCGCAGACGUCGUCAUGCUGGCCAAGCCAGCCCAGUCGCCUGCCCUAACACGCGUAAGCUCCAACCCGCUUUCGCAGUCCUCGGACGAGUCGAAGCUCGUAUCUCCCGCCGUCGCCGACCCAUCUUCGCCAAGCGAAGACCCUUCGGCCAUCCUCACGCUCGCACCGCCAAAGCCAGGGCCUGCCGACACGUUGUAUCCAAGCCCUUCCGGCGGGUUUGUGCCUUCGCCAGAAGAAGGCCAGGACUGGCGGCUGAAGCCACCUCCGGCGCGCAAGGAGUGGGGCGAGACUCCAAGGGACCGCUUCGAGGCCAGCAAGCGCCUCUCGCCCACGGCCAGCCGUCCGGGAUCGCUCGACCUGCAGGGCGCUGCUGGCGCCGUCCCGCCGUCGCCUUCACGCUCGGAUCGAGACCAGCGUCCGGGAUCGCUGUCGUCGCAGUCGGCCGGCGGCGGCGCGGGGUCUCGGCUGAGCCCGACUGCGCCGACGCGUCCACCUUCGAUCCCGCCGUCGCAGGAGACGGCGUCGCUGAUCGCGGAUGCCUCGUCGGCUUCGCUCUCUCGGCGGAGCUCGCAGGCGUCGCAGUACGCCGGAUCGCCACGAAUGCGCCCGCUGUCGAGCGCGUCGAGCCUGUCGCGGCGGGGGACAGCGGCAUCGUCCAAGGACGCCUCACCUGCGAGCCCGAGCGCAAGGAAACGGCGCAGCACGGCCUCUGCGCACUCACGCCUCUCGGAGCGGGCCGGCUCGACGACGAGCAUCUGCACGGCGCAGCAGGGCGGCGGCGACAAGGCCGGCUGGGCGCCCAUUGUCGUGCGCGACUUUGCGUUUGACCCGGCGGACCCGAGGUUCGCCGGGCAGCGCGAGGCCGGGCUGGGUCAGGACGACGACGAGGCCGGGUCGCGCCAAUUCGACGAGGGCGAGGGCGAGGAAGGGGGCUGGGGCGACUUGGAAGGGUACGAGGACGAGGACGAGGACGAGUUUGUGGGCGACGAGGGCGACCAGGCGCACGUUGCCGAGGGCGUGUACCGGGUGGUGUACGAGUUUGUCUCGGAGAGCGAGCACGAGCUGAGCGUCGAGGCGGGCGAGACGGUGCGGGUGGUGGGCGCGCUCGAGGGCGGAUGGGCGAUUGUGACCAAGGAGUCGGACCAGGAGGUCAAAGGGAUAGUGCCGGCCACGUAUCUCGAGUGGAUGUCGGACGAAUGA